GCCGCCUUGACUCUUCCCCGAAGACCUUUCCUUCACUGUUCUACAGUGAUACCCGUUGUGGCUCUGACCCUGAAGUUCACUAUGCACCUGCUCAAGCUCAAAGACUCAUGGUGCUUUCUCCCCUGGAUGUUAUUUAUAUCCUGGACCUCACACCAUAUCCGAGAUGGAAUUCGUCAUGGCUUGUGGAUCUGUCCCUUUGGAAAAACCUCUCCUUUGCCAUUCUGGCUUUAUGUAACCAUGACUUCAUCUUUACCUCACAUCUGUUCAUUUGUUAUGUAUUUAACAGGGACCAGACAAAUGAUGUCUUCAAAACAUGGGAUUCUUAUCGAUGUCUGAGGUAACCAUGUGACUUAAGAGAAGCAGAUGCUUCAGACAAUGAUAAUUAAGGGUUGCUGACACUCACUUUACUAAAAAAAAAAAAACUUGGAACUUAUAGUAAUUAUAAUUCCUGAAUCCUCUCGCUCAGGAGGCAUGUACAGUUU